UCCAAGACAGAUGCUUCUGAUGUCCUCAGUGAGUUCAGAGUAAAGUCCUCCUUGAUGUUUGUUCUGUUCCAGAGGGCUGAGGAGAACGCACACGCUUUCCUAGACAAGGAGCUGAAGAAGCUCUGGAGGGAUCUCUUCUCAGAUUACCCACAAUGCUCAGAGAGUCAGAGGGAGGAGGAGGAGGAUGGUAAGAACAAGGAGCAGAGGAGGCGCGCCAUAGAGGGAGUGGUGGACAUCACAAAGCUCUGUCUGAUGGCGAUGAACCAGGAGGAACUGGCCGACACACUGUGGGGCGGAUCUGCUGCUGUUGAGUGCCAACAUAAAAUCAAGUCUCAUUUGAAGAAGAAGUUAAAGUGUGUGUCUGAGGGAAUCGCUAAAGCAGGAAAUCAAACGGGUCUGAAUGACUUCUACACAGAGCUCUUCAUCACAGAGAGAGGCAGUGGAGAGGUCAACAAAGAACAUGAGGUCAGACUGAUUGAAACAUCUUCCAGGAAACCAGCCAAGGAAGAAACACCGAUCAAAUAUGAGGACAUCUUUAAACCCUUACCUGGACGAGAUCAACCAAUCAGAACAAUAAUGACAACUGGAGUGGCCGGCAUUGGUAAAACCAUCUUAACACAAAAAUUCACUCUGGACUGGGCUGAAGGCAAAGCCAACCACGACAUACACUUCACAUUUCUCUUAACUUUCAGAGAGCUGAAUUUACUGAAAGAGAAAGAGUAUAGCUUGGUGGAACUUCUUCAUCACUUCUUUAUUGAGACCAAAGAAGCAGAAAUCUGCAGAUAUGAACGGUUCAAAGUUGUCUUCAUCUUGGAUGGUCUGGAUGAGUGUCGACUUCCUCUGGACUUCCAGAACAACCAGACCUGGACUGAUGUCAAAGAGCCGUCCUCGGUGGACGUGCUGCUGACAAACCUCAUCAGGGGCGACCUGCUUCCCUCCGCUCGCAUCUGGAUGACCACACGCCCUGCGGCAGCCAAUCGGAUCCCUGCUGAGUGUGUUGACAUGGUGACAGAGGUGAGGGGGUUCACCGACCUUCAGAAGGAGGAUUACUUCAGGAAGAGAUUCAGAGAGGAGACGCUGGCCAACACAAUCAUCUCCCACGUCGAGAAAUCACGAAGCCUCCACAUCAUGUGUCACAUUCCAGUCUUCUGUUGGAUCACUGCUACAGUUCUGGAGGACAUCUUAAAAAAAUCCCAGAUAGAAGAGAUGCCCAAGACCGUGACUCAGAUGUACAGCCACUUCCUGAGGGUUCAGUCCAUACAGGGGGACAGGAAGUACCAUGGGAGAUCUGAAACAGAUCCACACUGGAGUUCAGAGAGCAGAGAGAUCAUCGUUUCUUUGGGAAAACUGGCUUUUAACCAGCUGGAGAAAGGCAACCUGAUCUUCUACGAGGCAGAUCUGGCAGACUGUGGCAUUGACAUCAAAGCAGCCUCAGUGUACUCAGGAGUGUUCACCCAGAUCUUUAAAGAGGAGUGUGGGAUGUACCAGGACAAGGUGUUCUGCUUUGUCCAUCUGAGCCUCCAGGAGUUUCUGGCUGCUCUUUAUGUCUUUCUGUCCUUCAUCAACGAUGGUGUCAAUCUGCUCUCAGAAGAACCACCCACCUCUGGGGAAGAUAAACUCCUCCUCCUCUACCAGAGGGCUGUGGACAAGGCCUUACAGAGUGAGAACGGACAACUGGACUUGUUCCUCCGCUUCCUCCUGGGCCUCUCUCUGGAGACCAAUCAGAUUGUCCUACGAGGUCUGCUGGGACAGACAGGAACUAGCUCACUGACCAAUACAAAAACAGUGUCUUACAUCAAGGAGAAGAUAGAUGGAGAUCUCUCUCCAGAGAGAAGCAUCAACCUGUUCCACUGUCUGAAUGAGCUGAAUGACCGUUCUCUAGUGAAGGAGAUCGAACAGUCCCUGACAUCAGGAAGUCUCUCCAGAGACUAUCUCUCUCCUGCUCAACUGUCAGCUCUGGCCUUCAUCCUACUGACAUCAGAAGAGGAGCUGGACGUGUUUGACCUGAAGAAAUACUCUGCUUCAGAGAGGGGUCUUCUGAGGCUGCUGCCAGUGGUCAAAGCCUCUAAAACGUCUCUGCUGAAUGGCUGUGAUCUGUCAGAGGGAUGCUGUGAAGCUCUGGCCUCAGUCCUCAGCUCCAGCUCUAGUCUGAGAGAGCUGGAGCUGAGUUCCAAUGAUCUGCAGGAUUCAGGAGUGAAGCUGCUCUCUGCUGGACUGGGGAGUCCACACUGUACACUGGAAACUCUCAGCCUCAAUGGCUGUCAUCUGUCAGAGAGAUGCUGUGAAGCUCUUGCCUCAGUUCUCAGCUCCAACUCCUCUAGUCUGAGAGAGCUGGAGCUGAGUACCAAUGAUCUGCAGGAUUCAGGAGUGAAGCUGCUCUCUGCUGGACUGAGGAGUCCACACUGUACACUGGAAACUCUCAGCCUCAAUGGCUGUGAUCUGUCAGAGAGAUGCUGUGAAGCUCUGGCCUCAGUUCUCAGCUCCAAGUCCUCUAGUCUGAAAAAGCUGGAUCUGAGUACCAAUGAUCUGAAGGAUUCUGGAGUGAAGCUGCUCUCUGCUGGACUGGGGAGUCCACACUGUACACUGGAAACUCUCAGCUUGUCUGGCUGCCUGGUCACACAGGAAGGCUGUGCUUCUCUGGCCUCAGCUCUGAGCUCCAACCCCUCCCAUCUGAGAGUGCUGGACUUGAGCUACAAUCACCCAGGAGACUCUGGAGCUGCGCAGCUCUCUGCUGGACUGGAGGAUCCACGCUGGAGACUGGACACUCUCAGUGUGGAGCACGGUGGAGUGUGGAGGCUGAAACCAGCUCUGAAGAAGUAUGCCUGUGACCUCACACUGGACCCCAACACGGCCCACAGAGGACUCUCUCUGUCUGAGGACAACAGGAAGGUGACGGAGGUUAGAGAGGACCAGUCGUAUCCGGAUCACCCAGACAGAUUUGACUCCCAGCCCCAGGUGUUGGGUAGAGAGGCUCUGACUGGCCGCUGUUACUGGGAGGUAGAGUGGGAAGGAGGGGUUGUUAUAGGAGUGACAUACAGAGGAAUCACAAGGAGAGGACGGGGUGGUGACAGCAGGCUUGGACAGAACAACAAGUCCUGGUGUCUUGAUUGUUCUGAUGUUCUUUACUCUGCCGAGUACAACGGUACAGGGACAUACCUCCCUCUCCCCCCCGCUGGCUCCACCAGAGUAGGAGUGUAUCUGGACCAGCCUGCUGGCUCUCUGUCCUUCUACAGAGUGUCCCCAGGUGGAGGAGGGUCCUCAGACACACUGACACACCUCCACACCUUCUGGUCCUCCUUCACCCAGGAGGACCUCCUCCCGGGGGUGGAGGUAGAGUGGGGGGGGGUGGGGGGGGUCAGCCUCUCUGUGUCGGUUGUAGAAAAAAAAAAAAGGGACCUCCUGACUGAGCAUGGCCCCUGCACACACACACACACACACACACACACACACACACACACACACACACACACACACACACACACACACACUGACUAACACCUGUGUGUCUAUAACUUACUUGUGUGUGUGUGUGUGUGUGUGUGUGUGUGUGUGUGUGUGUGUGUGUGUGUGUGUGUGUGUUAGUCAGUGUGUGUGUGUGUGUGUGUGUGUGUGUGUGUGUGUGUGUGUGUGUGUGUGCGCGCAGGGGCCCCGCUCAGUCCGACGAGGAGGUCCCUUGGCGUGUGUGUGUGUUAGUCAGUGUGUGUGUGUGCGUGUGUGUGUGUGCGUGUGUGUGUGUGUUAGCAUGCGUGCAGGCGUUAUUCGAUUGCCUGGUAACCAUGGUUACUAAUAUUCACACUGGUUUCAAUAAUACAUUUGAUGGUAUUUCCCAUCUUUGCUGAGCAAGAGUUUUGUUCUAAAGUUCAGUGAUUGAAACAAAUAAAAGCCCGGGCUAUGGAAGUGUUCCGGUACCACUGUCAUGCACCUACCCGAUGUCAAGUGGACCGGGUUGAAUUCACUGCGGGUCUCUCUUCUUAUAUCCAUCUCACCAAAGAUAUUUUAUUACUGUCCUUCUCAACACUCUCUGAUCUCACUAAAAGGCUGGCAGCACAACACAGCAAUAACGACGAGAUGCGCUGUGCGUAGAGACGAAAGAAUACCCACGUUGAAUUUGCAACAUUUGGCAAAAAAUGAUUCUAAAUCUGCCCAUAUAUGGACACGCCAGAAUUGUUGCAUCUGUGGCUGCUGGUAAUUUAAUCACAAAGAAGUAUACUCUACGGGGCUAUUUUCAUCAUUAUUAUUAUUAUUUUAAUUUUUUUAGACGGCACAGCGAUCCGGGGCUAUUCCCAAAAGAUCUGUGGCUAUAGCCUCGAAUGCUCGAAUGCUAGAGCCUCGAAUGGGUUCUUCAAUCUGAUUGGUAGUCAAACUGGAGAUUAGUUUUCCCCCCCUUUUCGGGGAUAAUGUUCCCCGUUUUGAUCUCGGACGUUUGGUUCACUUUUUUAUGCACACCUUGUGUCCUCAGCGUCUCUGUGAAAAUUAUAGUCUCUCUCGCUCUUGCUCUCGCUCUGAGUCUGAUGACACACGUGAACACAAACAUGCAUAUGUGAACAUACACACACGCGUAUAUUACCACGCACACACAUGCAAGCGCACACACGCAUAUAUGAAUUAACAUAAAGACACACACAUAAACAUACCAUACUAUAUAGGAACCCAAACACGCAGCCACACAAACACGUGUAUGUGAACACAAACAAACACGUACAUAUGAACACACACACGUGCGUACAUAUUAUAAACACUCAAAUAUACACGCAGACACACACAUGCACACGCCGCACGUGCAUCUAUGAACACACUUACUCAAGUUAUGAACACACACACUUACUCACAUAUGAACACAGACACGCACAGACUACACACACAUGUAUAUAUAAACACACACACACACACACUGUGUUUUGAUGAUUUAUAUUCAUGUACUCAACUAUAAUCCAAAUGCUACAUUUUCUGGGGCUUCUUAAAAUUGAUCUUGAUUAACCAUGAAAGGAGAUUUUUUAAAUCUUUACAAAUACUAUAUUUCUAAUGUUUCUGAUUGAUUGGUGGUAAAUUGUAACAUUUUUAUACUACAAUAUUGUGUCUAUUUUCAGACGAUAACAGUUUCAUACUGCGGGGCUCUGAUAUCAGUUUAUAUUUUGAUAUGCCUCACAUGAUGUAAAGCAGAUUUUAUAUUAUAUUCGUAAUGCAAGCGGUCGAAAAACGAUAGAUCAUGUUGCGAUGACUUUAAACUGAGUAUUGAUUCCUUGUGUUCUGUGGGGAAAAACACAGCAGCAGCACCUGUUUAUGAUUAGUAAUGUCUGUCUGCUGCUUCUAUUGUUUGAGUCCUUGUGUUUAUUGUGUUCAUGUAAGGGACUGUUCUUCUAUUGUUUGAGUCCUUGCGUUUAUUGUGUUCAUGUAAGGGACUGUUCUUCUAUUGAUUGUGUCCUUGUGUUUAUUGUGUUCAUGUAAGGGACUGUUCUUCUAUUGUUUGAGUCCUUGUGUUUAUUGUGUUCAUGUAAGGGUCUGUUCUUCUGUUGUCCUGGUUAAUAAAGCAUAAUGGUGAUAAACAACUCAGUGGAUCCUCUGAAUGUUCUCUUGUGUUCAGCAGAGGAUCAGUUUACACUUUAAGGUCGGGGGUUCACUGAAUAAAAAGCACAACAGAGGCUUCGUCUACACAACAUUAAUAACCAGGACACCAGCAAGUGCAUUUCCACCUCAGACUCAUACGCCCGAUGAGGGACGGAGUAUGGAGAGAGUUCUAGAAGCGAGCCGACAGGAAACAGCCCAGCUACUGGCGUCUCUCCAGAGACGAGCCUUGCAGGCUGGUUGAUGCACCACCUCCCCGUCUUAACAGGACCCUGAGCCUCCAUGUUGAAACACACAGAGGUGUGUGUUUGAGGCGCUGAGCUGCAGAGGAGGAACCUCUCCUUCUCUGGGUGCGUGGGAGGGGGCAGCAGGAUGGACGCGUUUGAUAAAUGAGUCGAUAGUAAGAUGUGAGGUUGUUUAUCAAAGCCAUGCUUCAGUCCUGUUAUUGCGUGGGGAGCCACUAGGGGGCGGUGAAUCCACCUCGGUGGGGUUCACCUUCUGACCAACAGGACCAGGGGGAAGGAGACUGUGUGUGUGAAGUGACAACCUAUUUGCACCUCUUGCAGGACGUUUCAGUCCUCGUGUUUUCCGUAAGGCAAUAAGCGCCAAAAAAGUAAUCCAAGAAGGAAACGAGGCAGAUGGAAAAGGAAGAAUGCAGCGAUUUAUCCUCAGAACAUAGUGAACAAACAUUGAACCAAUAAUAAACGUUUCCAAGUAAAAUACUGGGUCA